GUAUAUGUGUGUGUCUUUGCGUGUGUGUAUCUGUGUCUGUGCGUGUCUGUUCAUGUAUGUAUACAUUCUACUCCUAUGUGGCAGCUGGUGCUGUAGCUGGUAUGCAUGUCAGCAGAGUGACAAUACGGCUAGCAGUAAAACGAAUAGUGUUUCUGUGAGCGAUGCGACUGCAGAGUCGAUUGCCCCUGGUGUGAGUGUGGGUCUGGAGAAGAUUCGAUGAUUUCAUGUGGCUCAUGCUAUCCAGCUACUGAGUGGCAGAAUCGAGACUAUGGUUACGAGCAAGAGAAAGAAUUGCACGGUGUAAGGCUGGAACUCCCCCGACAAAGAUCACAGAGCUUCGCUGGUACAAUCGAAUACAGCAGCAAUAGGAGUAGUAGAAUAGUGCCGAAGAAGAGUCUCUAGUCAAAAGAGAUUUCCUUCAUCCUUGUGUGGGUGCCUGAGUAUAACGUUUGACGGAGUAAGCUGGCGGUAAAUCAGCAACCGCCAAAAUGGACACUCAGGGGGCGGGAGACCAAGGGGCCAAUAGUGUAAUUCAGUGCGAAACAGAACGGGACAGCACCGGCAGUGGAAUCGUGGAGGCAAGUAGCAGUUUGCUUCCCGAUGUCACAUUUUCGACAAAGGAGAAUCAGCCCCUGCUUAAGCCAGUGGGUGGAGAGGAGAACGUGGACUUUAGUGAGGCGUAUUUGGCCGACUCAGAGUUUGCGGGGUUGGUGCACGAAGCGGAGACGGCUAUCGAGAACAACGUCUUGCCCGAGAGGAUCUACCAGGGAAGCUCCGGCAGCUACUAUGUCAAGAACAUACAACACGAGCGAGUUGGGGUCUUUAAACCGAAGGACGAGGAGCCUUACGGACGUCUAAACCCAAAAUGGACCAAAUGGAUGCAUAAGGUUUGCUGUCCGUGUUGUUUCGGUCGUAGCUGCCUGGUGCCGAACCAAGGUUACCUAUCUGAGGCAGGCGCAUCGAUCGUAGAUCGUCGGCUCCAGUUGAAUAUUGUGCCGAAAACCUUUGUGGUAGCUCUCGUUUCUGAAACGUUCAACUAUACCGCCAUUGAUCGAGCGAAAAGCAAGACAAAACAAAGUGUUAGUGACAGAUUUCCAAAGGUUGGCCGGCGUUUCAAUCGAAUUGGUUUGCCGCCGAAGAAUGGUUCGUUUCAAACUUACGUCAAAGGCUAUCAGGACGCAGAAGAGUGGCUGCGCAAAUGGGAACAAGACCCGCUACCUGAUGAUAUGAAGAAAGCUUUUCAGCUGCAAUUUGAACGACUAGUUAUACUCGACUAUAUCAUUCGAAACACAGAUCGCGGAAACGAUAACUGGUUAAUUAAAUGUGUGCGCCCUGAUAAGGAACCUGAGCCAUCAUGUGCGCUUCCGAUAGAGGACACCGUGACGUGGUCGCCGAAGCAGGCGGAAAUUAAAAUAGCGGCCAUCGACAAUGGCCUAGCGUUCCCGUUCAAGCAUCCCGACUCGUGGCGGGCGUACCCCUAUCACUGGGCCUGGUUGCCACAAGCGAAACUGCCAUUCUCUCAGGAGACUAAGGACCUUGUCUUGCCUCAGCUGUCUGACCAGACUUUUGUGCAGGAUAUCUGUGAUGAACUACACGAUCUUUUUCGACGGGAUCCGGGCUUUGAUCGACACAUUUUUGAGAAGCAGAUGAGCGUGCUGCGAGGCCAGGUAUUGAAUCUAGUACAAGCACUCAAAGACGACCGUUCACCUGUCCAGUUGGUGCAGACGCCUGCCGUUAUCGUGGAGCGUAAAUACGGACGCGCAAAGGGCGCCUGGGAGGCAACGCACUUCACGCAAAGCUUCCAGCAAAGUGCGCCAUUUUUCUCUUGGUGCUAAGUGCAGUCUCGACUGAGCAAAAAUAGCCAAAGCGCUGUCUUACUGUAGUAUCUGUUUAUGUUAAGUUUGAAUUGUCUUCUGGGAAGAAUUUUGCGAUACCUAUAUUCCGUCUGAAGAAACCUAUAGCAACCGUAGUAACAACGUCGCGCAUUUGGCGCGUACUACGAAAGCCGCUGUAGCGCUGACAGAAGGCUUCAGCAAGAAGUCUUAGAAACCAAAAGGAAUGCCAGGAAGUAGGCCUUUACUUUUAAUGCUCAUCAAUCGUACGGGCCCUUCGGCGCAGCGCUGAAUUGACAGAUGGGGUGGACAUGUGUCAGGGAAUAACCGAAGGCUGCUCCUUGCAAGUACCACACGUAUGAGUUGUCUUGUGGACGAAUACACGGCGGAAAAAAAUGGCUUGAUUAUACCGCUAUUAGCAAUGCCACGAUGUGACCGAAAUACAGUGACGAAACAACAUUACGACCAGAUUCGAUUUUCGCAAGUCAAUUAUAACAUUUACUUCUUUGUCAGGUGUGAGCUGAUCCACGCGGGCCCGUGGACAUGCGAAGCAUUUAGCUAGGUUGUUAUUCCAAUAUAUAUAUACAUAUACAUAACAUUUUGCCGAGCCAGUCAUUAUUACGGUAGUUCAGUAGUCGUGGAUGUGCUUUGCCUUGUUUGUUGCCUUGUUAUACCAGCAUUGUCCAACGGGAGCACAAAACUCCCAAAUUUUCCAAGCGUUCAAGUGACGCUCAAAAAACCAUGCAAAGUUGAUAAAAAAAUAAGCACUUUCAUACUAAUCCUGGAAUAGGUAUAAUCUAGCCUUCGGGAUACAUACGUAAUAGAAUGGCAAAUGUCAACCAAACAAUAUGAAGUAUGAAAAGCACAACAAACAAACAACGCAUAUGACAGAACUCGUAUAGCAGCGAUCACGGUGAUAAUCUGGUACAUAGGAUAUAUAAAUGCACACUGGCGUGUUGUUGACGUAAGUUCUCACUUUAAUCGUGGCGGGAAAUAGGCUGAAAUGGUGUCUUGAAAUUUGUCCGCGGCGCCGGGAUUAGAAAGAAAAACGUGAUUAUUGCUCAGUCAGAUAAUAUAUCUGGAAAAGGAAGCUACGACUCUAUUUCUAACCCAGUUAGUAAACGUACUAAAGCCACGCAGUUGCAAACUUCAUGUCGUUCCUUAGAUAACGAAAAUUCUUGACAGCAAAAUGUCUUGAGUGCAUCUUCUGAGUCGCCUAUGGCCUGAUAACGGCUUCUACUGAAGCAUUCAAAUACCACCAUGAUUAUUAUUAGAUGUAAGGCAGAGAUGGCUGCACUGAUCGCACUGAUCACGCACUCAACAUAAAUCAAAUGAAAAGACCAACCCUAAGGAAGACGGCCGCUCAGGAUAUAGCUUUAGUGAAGAAGCGUUACUCAAGUGUACAAGUCAGCACGAUGUAUAAGUAUAAAUGUGUAUUUAUGCGACACCAAAGCUAGCUCGUAAUGGCUAGCACACAUUAAUGAAGAUGCACAACUAAAUGUAUCUACUAGACUUUCGCAGAGACACAGUCACAUACAGAAUGACCAAGGUCCUUGUAAGCUUAGAGGACAUGAACGAGCUCGUUUAUCGAUUUGAAAUAGUAAUUUUGAAGGGAGUUGUUUCCGUGUUUAUAUGAAGCAUACAUACGUGAUAAGGUUAUGUUGAAAGAGAAGUCAAAGGGAAGUUGGACUAUGUUGUCGGUCAUACAUGGAAGUUGUAGCUGUUGGUGAACCUUAUGAGUCCCUGACCAGCUUGCUUGUUACCGUUGCCUCUGUGAAUGUUUUGUUAUAUCUAGAAUUAUUGACGACUGGUCAACUGCGCAAAGGUCGAUUUAUCUUCUGAAUCACAGCAAUUGGACAUCUUUGUUUACAUUGAUCUAUGGUUGCUUUUGCCCCGGCCCCGUCUUGUGAAGAGAUAUAUUUUAUUAUGUACGGUUUUAAACUAUAUCGUAUGUUCUCUACCCGUAUGUUAACUAGAGCCUGUCAAUUACCUGGAUGUAAUUAUUCGCUAGGGCAAAACAUAAGCAAUGACAAAAAUAUUUUGAUCUAUUAAAUUUUUUGCUCUGCUCUUUAGUUUAUUUUAUUUUGUUUAUUCAAUUACACUCUUAUAUGUUUACAUAUAUUACAUGUAGACUAGUUGUCCAUAGAUACAUUCUAACAUGUAGGCCUGUACAGCGUUUAUUUACCGUCAAUGUAACUAAUUCUACUAAUUCAGUUAGAUAAGAGAUUAGUUUCCUUUGAGGCUGAAACCACAGGAUUAUUCGAUUUCUACAGAGGCUACAAAAGGGUUUACUCUAUUCAAGUUGUAUGAGAUCGGUAUACAUCGGAAGUGAAAAUGAGACUCUCGCCAACCAACCGUAAUGAUAGUGGACAAAGUGUUAACGGAAACAUAAAGUAGCACACUGUACACAACCGAAAAUAGCCGUUCGUCUUUUACUAUGUGCGGUUAAGCGAACUUUAUACGUAUUAUGUUAACCACACAAGUAUACAUACGUAUACACUUUCGUAAGUUAUCUUUAAAUGGCAAGAAGGUUUUACUGUACACUAGUUAAUAUCAUUACUAAUAAGUACCAUAAUUAUUACAGUAAGAUGUAGGAGUGUUUCGUUAUCAAUGACACUUUGUAAAAGGGGGAACUGGAAACAAAACAUCUUUUAUCAUUGGAAGCACGCAUCGUAGUCACUAGAUAGAUUUUAACUAAAGAAAUAAGUAAAUACUAUAAAUUUUACGAAAAUAAGACUAAAGCUAGAGCCUCGAGGCAAAAAAGAAUGGCAUCGUUGACCAAAAAUAAAAAAAACUAUACAGCAGAGGUGAUUGAACAAAAGAAAAUAAUGGUUUACAAACUAUUAAACGAAAGUACGACAGAUGAUUGAAGUCCUCACUGGCCUGAUAGAUGUAUUACGGAUAUGUCGCUAUACGGUAGUACUGAUGAGAAUGAAUGGUGGAAAUAUAUAUUUUGUUAUUUAUUAACAAAAUAAAAAUUGAGAUUCAGAAGGACCUCAA